AUGGCGGUGGACACAUGCUCACUCUUAAUUUUCUGGAGCCCGCCCAUCACUCAACAACUCACUGUUGUGUCGAUCGAUGCUACUGAAGGGGAGGAUGUGCUUCUCCGGGUCCACAAUCUGCCUGGGGAUCUUGCAGGCUAUAACUGGUUCAAAGGGGAAUGUGUGGACAGCAACCAUGAAAUUGCAUCAUAUGUAAUGGAUGCUCAAGAAAUUACCUGUGGGCCUGCAAACAGUGGUCGAGAGACAAUAUACCCCAAUGGAUCCCUGCUGUUCCAGAAGGUCACCCAGGAGGACAUGGGAUACUACACACUACAAGCCAUAAAAAGAAAUUUUCAGAGUGAAAAAGGAACUGGUCGGCUCCGAGUAUACCAGAAGUUACUCACACCCAACAUCACAACCAACAACUCCAACCCCGAGGAGAACAAGGACCCUGUCGUGUUAACGUGUGAACCUUGGACUCAGGACACCACCUACCUGUGGCUGAUCAACAGUCAGAGUCUCCCAGACAGCACCAGGCUGCAGCUGUCCAGCGACAACAGGACUCUCACUUUACUCCAUGUCACAAGGAAUGACACGGGACCCUAUGUGUGUGAAUCCCGGAACCCAGUGAGUGCCGGCCGCAGUGACCCAUUCACCCUGAAUGUUCUCUAUGGCCCGGAUGCACCCGUCAUUUCCCCCCCAGACUCCCACUACCCUCCAGGGGCAAACCUCCACCUCUCCUGCCAUGCAGCCUCUAACCCGCCCGCACAGUAUUCCUGGUCUAUCAGUGGGAGCCCCCCGCAACCCACACAGAAGCUCUUUAUCCCCAACAUCACUGCGAAUGAUAGUGGAUCCUAUACCUGCCUCGCCCAUAACCCUCACACUGGCCUCAGUAGGACCGCGGUCAAGAAUAUCACAGUCUCUGUUGUUUCAGCAUCACAGCAUCCUGGCCUCUCAGAUGGGGCUAUUGCCGGCAUCGUGAUUGGAGUGCUGGCCGGCAUAGCUCUGAUAGCAGCCCUGGUGUACUUUCUGUACAUCAGAAAGACUGGAGGGGCGAGCGACCAGCGCGAUCUCACAGAGCACAAGCCCUCUGCCUCCAACCACAGUAAGUGAAGCCAUCACCCAGUUCAAUCUGACAACUCACCCAACAAGAUCAAUGAAGUUACAUAUUCUUCCCUGAACUUCAAUGUCCAGGAAUCACAGAAACCAACUUCAGCCUCCCCGUCCCCGACAGAAACGGUUUAUUCAGAAGUCAAAAAGAAGUAA